AUGAGCUCUCUCCGCAUUGCCCGGGCAGCCAUCCGCGCGAGCCCCGCCACUUUCCGCGCCCCGAUUCAGCGACGAGGAUACGCCGACGCCGUAGCCGACAAGAUCAAGUUGUCUCUCGCGCUACCUCACCAGUCUAUCUACAAGUCCCAGGAUGUUGUACAAGUGAACUUCGCCGCCGAGUCCGGAGAGAUGGGUGUCCUCGCGAACCACGUUCCGUCCAUCGAACAAUUGAAGCCCGGCCUGGUGGAGAUCAUCGAGGAGAGCGGAGGCAGCAAGCAAUUCUUCUUGUCUGGAGGUUUUGCCGUCGUUCAACCGGACUCGCAAUUGAGCAUCAACGCCGUGGAGGGAUACCCUCUCGAGGACUUCAGCGCCGACGCUGUGAGGAACCAGAUCGCAGAAGCGCAGAAGGUCGCUACCGGCGGCGGCAGCGAACAGGAUAUCGCUGAGGCGAAGAUCGAGCUCGAGGUCCUGGAGAGUCUGCAAGCUGCUCUGAAAUAG